AUGUUUCGUCCUGUAUACGUCUCUGGAAGGGUUAGGUGGCUUCACUUUUUUGUUACAUUUAUAAUAAUUUGUGUUUUGUUGUCUGCUGUCCGCUACCACCGGCCGCCACCGCGGCCUCCGAGCAUCUACGACUAUACCGAUGGCAAGACGGCGGGAACGUGGCUCAAUGAGACCUUGAAUGAAGUCUUGGUGACGGACGAGGCGUCGUACCUAAAGGAUCUUGUUAGCCAGUAUGGGCUGUCGGAAGACAUGGCGUGGUAUGCGAGAAGGCUACGCACUUCAUAUAAAUCAAAUGUGAGAAACAGCAUGACAGACACGGGUCUAAAGUUCAUGGCACGAGAUUUCCAACGCGUUCGACCAGAGGAGGAAAGGCUACAUUUGCAUGCCGAGAAAGCGAUACACCUCGCCAUGCAGCGAUCUCCUACACCCGACAACUUGGACGUAUCGUCCCUCAUCUUUGGUAUCUCAUCUUCGUAUGGCCGCCUCACAUAUGCCGACGACGCACUCUUACGCGACUGGGCGAGGUGGCUCACGGAUGGCAAGGGUCGCACCAAUGGGGCAAGCCUUGUUCUCACGCUUCAUCGUGCGACCAAUGCUGAAGUCAGCUACCUGAGUGCCAAACUGAGGGAGCUGGGUAUCGACGCCGUGGUCCUAGCCGCGAAUGAGAAUUCCGAUGUGACCUCGCGCUAUAUCGAGCUCAUGCACAUGAUUUCGCGCCGCAAAGAUGAGCUUUCCAGGGAGGGGGAGACAAAGAGCUUCCUGGCGCUCGUGGACGAUGACGUCUUUUUCCCGUCUCUUGGUAAGCUUCUCGGCAGAUUGGCCAAAUUCAGCUCGAGCGAAAAAGUCUACCUAGGCAUGCCGAGCGAGCGUGCCGACUGGACCGUCGAAAACAACAUUACUCUGACGUAUGGCGGAGGUGCCGUUUUCUUCAACAACCGCAUGGCAAACGAUCUGGGCCAGCUACCGUGUCUGCAAGAAAGCGACUCUAGUCUCGAGGGAGAGUUGAAACCGCGCGGGGAUGCGUACUGGGACGAGCACAUCUAUAAAUGUAUUUCUCAGCACACGGAUGAGGACAUGCACGUUCUGCCGUCAUUUUAUGUGCCCGAGGAUGACUAUCAUGGCCUGAGAACCGGUUUCGAAGGUGGCGUACAGCCCCUGGCUCUGCAUCAUUACAAACAUCGGCAUCGAUUCGAGGCGUGGAAAGCGCACAUGGUGGCGGGCCUGUGCGGCGAGGACUGCUUUUUACAACGUUUCUUCUUUCGUGACUCGUGGAUUCUGGUCAACGGACAUACAAUCUCGCACUAUCCAGACGGAGUAGAGGUUGUACCGAUGCCGCGAACCUCACGAUUGGUGACGCAGCAGGGCCGGGACAAGGAGCGAGAGGUAAAAACGGCUGCCCGUAUAGUCAUCGAGCCUGUCGAGGGUGGAGGUGUGAAACAGCGCAAAGUUGUAAGCUGGACGGGCGUCAAGCGCACCUGGAGGUUGCUGGAUGCGCGCAUGGGCGAGGAUGGCGAGGUCUGGCAAGCAUACGUCAAGCGUAGGGGAAGUCCCAUGAGCUACGGCGACGAGAAUGACUGGAUGCCAGACGAUACUGUGCACUCCCAAGACAGUUCCAGCGAUGAGGAUUCCAUGAUUAUGCUCAUAUGGGAGCCAUAG